GUGCUACUACUGACCAAAGACGGGCGCUUUAUCCGCCUAACCGAGAAGGACACACAGACCAAACUUGAGAUUCUGUUCAAGAAGAAUCUCUACCCUCUGGCUAUCAAUUUGGCCGUUUCUGCCCAUCAGGCCGAAGACCAAAUCAUGGACAUCCAUCGCGAAUACGGUGAUCAUCUGUACAACAAAGGCGACUUUGACGGCGGCAUUGAACAGUAUGUGCGCACCAUCGGGCAUCUGGAGCCGUCGUAUGUCAUCCGCAAGGUGUGUCGUACUAUCGUAUUUUUUUUCCGCGAUUCGUAA